UUCACUGUAAAUCGUUGACCUCAGAAAAACAAUCUCAUGUGGAAAGAAAAGAAGGGUUUAGAACAAGAACGUGAACUCACAGCAUUCUACCUUCAAAAUCGAUUGUGACCCUUCAACCGAUCCUUCAAACUACUCGUCAACUUAGCUCAAAUCCCCUCUUUUCCCAUCUGGGUUCCCUUCAAAAUUUGAUUUUUCCAAUUCAAUUCACCUCCUCCUCCUCCUAUUCUUCCUGCUCUGUUUCCCCUGUUUCUGUUUGAUUCACAGCAUGUUUUGAUAUUUAGGCUGCGGAUUAUAGCAAUGUCAGUCGUGCCGGUUGAUAGCAUCCCUUCGUUGAAUAGUGAUCUCUUCUACGACAUAUUACGACGUCUUGAUGGCCCAACCCUGGCUAGUGCAGCAUGUACCUGUGCAGCGUUUUGUUCCAUUUCAAAAGAAGAAAGUUUGUGGGAAAAUGUGUGUUCAUCUGUGUGGCCUGCAACCAACAGGGAAGAUAUCAAAAGCUUAAUAUCAUCCAUGGGGGGAUUCAGAAAGUUUUAUGCGGAUUGUUUCCCACUUAUAGUAAACAAGGAAGUCGCGGAUUAUCAAGAGAAGAACUUUCUUGAGUACCCGGAUGAUUGGACCGAGGCAGAAUACUAUGGUGAUAUGAAUGAGUUCGAAAGCCUCUCUCCAUCGGAUUUCGUCUCUAUAGUCGAUAUCAGAUUUAAGGAUAAGGCAAUCUGCUCGAAAGUUCAAUGGGGUGUUGGAGUUCCAAAUGCUAAUGGAUAUGAUGGUUGGUUCUACAACUGCCCCUUUAGGAUUGAUCUCCUCACAUAUAGAGACGACGAUAACAAUGAUGGUGUGGUUACCCUCUCGGUAUCCGAUGGUUUGCCACCGAUUACAUCAAUGGAACGAGAAAGGAAAGAUGGGAAACUUUGGCAAGAGCUUUUCGACGGUCUCCAAUUAAGUUGGAUCAUGGUGAACCGUAAAAUGAAGCAAGCUGCCAAUCUUGCUAGCUGGAGACCUCUUGGCGGCCAAAGGCAUUGGCCGACAGAUAAUGAUUUCGUGAUCAGAUUUGGCUCCGUUCUCCCUGCAACAGACAUUCUUCCUUCACAAGUAGUAGAAUGCAUCCUUAUAAUGAAGUUUAGAGUGGUUAACACCGAAGAAGAUGGUGUUGGAACAAAAGUUAAGCUAACCGAGUUAAGCAUGCAAUUGGAAGACAUGGAAGGUGCUCAUGUUAAUGGAAGGAACAGUUUGCUUAUUCUGAAGGAAGCACUUAGCUGUAGAAGGAGCAAGAAUUAUAGUGAAGUUCUUGAGUCUUGUCAUUUGUACUCAAAAGUGCAGAGUGAGUUGAAGGAAGAGAAGAUGAGGAAUGAGAGUAGGUUGGAUAGGCUUUGUAUUCUAAGUGGCAUUGCUGCUUUUAUGACAUUUUGGUACUGUGUUUUGUGAAAUUAUUAUUAUUAUUAUUUUGCCA